GCUGACGUUGAGCCAGGCAGUCUGAUCGUACUGCCGAGCUGCAGAGCUACACUUUCAUCUGAGCAGGAUCAUGGAGUAAAAAAAAAAAAAACAUGGCCCACAACAGAAGCUUUUUCCUUGAAGCCCUGGAUAGGUCAGAAGCCAGGCGAGAUGGAGAGUACAAGCACAACUGGAGCUUUUCUCUCUCUGGUGACAGUGAAGAGGAGAGGAGACACGAUGCGAGCGUGGUGAGCGUGGAGGAGAUGGACAGGCAGAAGCCGACCUCCCCCGAGGAGAAAAAGUCUCCCUCUCUUAGGCACUUCACCUCCUCCGAUUCUUUGAGAACGUAUGAAAACCGGCAAAAUAAUCACAUGAGGCCUCUGAGCAAGCUGGCACCUAAAAGGCUCGGCGAGGUCCCUCUCACAGUAGCAACAUCCUCCCCCAUGUCCAGCAGAGCUAACUAUUUCAUCAUCAGUCCUGCACCUUCACAAGGAAUCGUUUUACAAGGGCGACACUUUCAGCACGCACAAAUGCCCUCUGCAAUAAGGAAGCCAGUCCAAAGAAAUGACUUCUCUCCCACGCAGCAAGAUGUAGAAGUGGAGAGCAUCGUCCUCACCUGUCCAGAGAUCCCAGAAGAGGAGUCUCUGAACAUAAAGCGGCGCGUCCAGCAGAAGAGGAAACCGUUAGAAGACUGCUGUAGUUUUCCUUCACAGAUCAAAGCAGCAGAGCCUCUCCGGCCGACCGUCUACCAGGCUGUAUGCGUGAAGUGCAACAAGCCGAGCGCCGACAGCAGCAAGUGUCAGAGCUGCGGCAACGGAUCGGCGCUGCUGCCCUGUCAGCCGGCCACAGUAGCGUCCCCAACUCCGAGAGCCCCCAUCCGAUCCCAGCCUUCCCCUGGACCAAACUGCCUGCAAAAGAACUUCUACAAACCGGCUACAACCAUGAGGGCGCCCCGCGGGGAGACUCUGCCGAUCCGGGUCUCGUGCACCAGGGGAACUCUGGUGCCCCUGAACAACGGCAGGUCCCCUCUGUUAGCCGGGACGUCGAGCUGCUGCGGAGCCAGAAACCCGCCCAAAGGGAAGAGGGCGGCCGCGGCUCGGCAGCACGAGCUCAACGACCCCAUCGUCCUGUCCAGUGACGACGAGGAGGAGGCCGACAACGCCAGCACAGGAAGUGUCAGCAGACUGGACAGCGUUUCCCCUCGACCCGCGGACUCGGCUCACUCCUCGCCGGCGCCCUCUGGAGGAAGAGUGGAGGCUGCGGUGAAGAGCGCCGGAGAGCAGGAGGAGCUGAGCACUGCGUUCUUCGAAGACGUCAACAUGAAGAUCACGAUACCGCGGAGAGCCCGGAUGAAAGAUCAGUUUGGAAAUCAGCCCGCCGAGCAGUUUUCACCGAGAACUAAGAAGCCCAAAGUUGUGUCCAGCGUCUGCGACAGCAUCAUACUGGAGUGUCGGAGCGUAAGAGUAGGAACUCUACGCAGGAUGGUGACAAAGCCCGUCAUCUUUUCCAUCGACCACAUCCAGCUGGAAACUGAAGACCCCGAGCGCAACGUCAUAGAGCAGGUUUGUCUUCAGGCGUCGGCGCUGAUCAGCUGCGAGUGGUGCAGCGUCCGGAAACUUCCGGUCUUGUUCUUCCAGACGACUCCGGAGGAGUGCGUCCGCCUGCGCACGCAGCUCAACAUGUCCAAGGGAGGCCAGUGGUACGACUGCUCCGGGGACGAGUCGGAUGAGAAGUACAUUGUUCUGAUCUUCGAGAACGGCCUGGGCAUGAAGGAGCAGAUGAUCCUGGAAGACAUCCUGGGCGAGAUCGGCAAGACCAACAACGUCAGCAACUUCCCCGCCAAGCUGCCCUUCGAAGAGGCCAACAUCCGACUGGUCAACUACAACAAGGCUUCGAAACAGAAGGAGGAGAAGGAGAAACCAACACAAACGACUCCCAAAAUCACCCAAGUCUCCCCGCUCAGCAAGGUCACGCAGGUCACCCCGGUGACCCCGGGCGCCAUGCCCGCACGCACACGGAUGGCCACCCGCCAGCAAACCAGCGCCUACUUUGAAGAGGAAGACGAGGAGAUGACCGACCUCCAGCCCACCUUCUCCGGACCGAUCGUCAAAUUAAUGGUGUAUCCUCCUCCUCCGGCCAAGGGUGGGAUAUCGGUCACUAACGAAGACCUCCACUGCCUUAACGAUGGAGAAUUCCUAAACGACGUUAUCAUAGACUUUUAUUUAAAAUAUUUAGUUUUAGAGAAGUUGAAAAAAGAAGAUGCCCAAAGAAUCCACGUGUUCAGCUCCUUCUUUUACAAGAGGCUAAACCAGAGGGAGCGGAGGAACGUUCCCGACACAACCAACCUGCCAAUCCAGAAAAGGAAGCACAACAGGGUUAAGACGUGGACUCGGCACGUGGAUCUGUUCCAGAAGGACUUCAUUUUUGUCCCCAUCAACGAGUCAGCUCACUGGUACUUGGCCGUCAUCUGCUUCCCGGGUCUCGAGGGUCUGGUGUACGAGCAGAACCCGCUGUACCACGGCCCGUUUCCGGCCCCCACCUCGGCUGCAGAUCCCCCGUCAGAGGAGAACAUCCCGGACCACUGUCGUCCUCUGUCCCCGGACAGAGACGGACUAGACAGCUCAUCCGAGGACCCGUCCCCCGGAGCCCCCGAGACGUCCACAGAGGGUCUGACCGACGGUGACAACGCAGCUUUCACAGAGGCGGGACAAGAGCCUUCUGGCGCCCCCGCAGGGUCGGGCCCGCCGGACGCAGAGCAACAAUACACAAGCGAGUUGCACAGAAUCAGUGUUUGCUACGGUUCAGGAAAAGGAGACGACGACACCUUCACCUUCUCUGAUGACCAAAGCUCCGUUCAGGACGAGUGCAGCGAGGACGGGACUCUGGCUGAAGACUCUCUCGGCUCUGACGUCUCUGCUUUGGCCUCCAAACAAAACCUCUGCAAACAGCCUUGUAUCCUCAUCAUGGACUCCCUGCGAGGUCCGGCCAGGUCGACUGUGGUGAAGACUCUGAGAGAGUACCUGGAGGUGGAGUGGGAGGUGCGUAAAGGGACUCAGCGGAGUUUCGGAAAGGAUGUGAUGAAGGGCUCUAGCCCCCGUGUGCCUCAGCAGGAUAACUUCAGCGACUGUGGAGUUUACAUCCUGCAGUAUGUGGAGAGCUUCUUCGAGAAUCCGAUUCCCAGUUUCCACCUGCCGGUGAACCUGUCGGAGUGGUUUCCUCAGCAGCGCAUGAAGACGAAGCGCGAGGAGAUCAAGGAGCUGAUCCUGAAGAUCCAAGAGCAACAAGAACUGGAAAAGAAGGAGCCCGACCGGGUCGCGGCUCCGCCCGGCUCUCCUGAAGAGCCUGAGAUUGAAGAGACUUCUGGGUCGACGGGCGGGCCGCCAAACUUAAGCCCCUGAAACAAGCCCACCCUCCUCCUCUUCCUCCCCGUCACUCCCAGGCCCUGCGGGGGGGCCGAGCCUGAUUGUACGCUGCUGGUUCCACUUCAACACGUCGGAAACGUUCCUUAACUCCCUCCGUUAACCACAGACAUUAAACACACCUUUAAAUUUGUAUCGAAUAAAACAUGAACUGUAAAUAUGCUGGAGUUUUUCCCGCUGCCUUUGUAAUUUACUGUUUUAUGACUUAUGAAGUGGCCCGUUAAGUUAUGUUUUCAUAGACGUUCUUCUCUCCAGGAGGAUCCCCGAGCGGAAGGACACUGCUGAGCUCUUGCAUCAUUAUUUUUUAUGCUUUCUAGUUGUGUAGAGGAAGAAAAACUAUUUAAAAAAAAAAAGAACAACAUAGAGGAAGUUGCUGUUAUUUGUAAGUUAAUAAUCCACCUGUCAAGAAGUUGACUGCCGGUCACGGGUCACAUACGUAGUUCGGUGCUUGUUGUGUCUCUUCGAUGUGGAGUGGAUGAAUCUUCAGCAUUAAAAGCGACACUAGAUGCAAGAGCA